UCAUGACGUUCUGGGGCCCCUCCCUAUAUAAAUAGCGUCCCCGCGCUUGGGAGGAGGCAGUUAUUGGAUCUUUGUCGGAGGAGCUGGACGUAUAGAGCAGGAGCUUAGCGCGGAAGCGGGAUUUUUUUUUUGUAAAAAAGCCAAUUGUCUCCGAAAGCGAGAAACGUAAGAGGAAAUGGCCCGUACCAAGCAGACUGCCCGUAAAUCCACCGGAGGCAAAGCUCCACGUAAACAACUGGCUACCAAAGCUGCCAGGAAAAGUGCUCCCUCCACUGGUGGAGUCAAGAAACCUCAUCGCUACAGGCCCGGUACUGUAGCCCUACGUGAGAUUCGGCGUUAUCAAAAAUCCACUGAACUUUUGAUUCGCAAGCUUCCAUUCCAGAGGUUGGUAAGGGAGAUUGCCCAAGAUUUCAAGACAGACUUGAGAUUCCAGAGUGCGGCCAUUGGUGCGCUGCAGGAGGCCAGUGAAGCGUAUCUGGUGGGCCUCUUUGAAGACACAAAUCUGUGUGCCAUCCAUGCCAAGAGAGUCACCAUCAUGCCCAAAGACAUCCAGUUGGCUCGUAGGAUACGGGGAGAGAGGGCUUGAGCAGAUGCAGUUUUUGUGGUGUUUUGUAGUAAAUUCUGUAAAAUACUUUGGUUUCAAUUUGUGACUUUUUUGUAUGAAAUUGUUUAUAAUAUGUUACAUUUGUACUUAAGUCAUUCCAUCUUUCACUCAGGAUGAAUGCUAAAAGUGACUGUUCACAUAAAACUCAGUGAUGUGAGCCUUGUUGCUCAGCAGUGACAAAUUGCUAAUAUGCAGAAGGGAUGGGUGAUCUUUCUUGCUUUUCAUGCAUGUUUCUGUAUGUUAAUGACUUGUUGGGUAGCUAAAAUUGUAAGGUACUAGAAUUGAUAUAAAUGUGUACAGGGUCCUUUUGCAAUAAAACUGGUUAUAACUUGA